CCCGGGUUGUUUUUAAAAACCGCUCCGGAAGAUGGUGGCUAAGCAGAGGAUCCGCAUGGCAAACGAGAAACACAGCAAGAACAUCACGCAGAGAGGAAACGUAGCCAAGACGCUGCGACCACAAGAGGAGAAGUAUCCCGUGGGACCCUGGCUGCUUGCCCUUUUUGUAUUUGUUGUGUGUGGAUCAGCCAUAUUUCAGAUCAUUCAGAGUAUCCGUAUGGGGAUGUGAGACGGAAGAAGCCUCUGGACUCCCCCCACCCAUCACCUGCCCGCCAUGACCUCACCAAGCCCUGCUAGCCCGAACCGGCUCACCCCUUCCAGAGAUCCAGAGACUGACACAAACGCGUCAAAUCAAGCAGACCUCAGAGAGGGAAGCUUACCCGACCGCUGCCUCCACCAGAGUCCUCCUUGAGACAUUCCCCUGCCCCGAUCAGCGUUUACAGUGUUGCAGUCUGUGGUACUGACAGCUUUUCUAUGGACAGUCUAAAACCACACUGGCUGGAGAACAUGUGUGUCUCAUUACUCACUGAGCACCUGUGUGUGUGUGUUUGUGUGUGUGUGUGAAGGUGUGACUGUUAUUAUAAGAGUGUGUUUGGCCUGUGAUUCCUGCUGAAAAUGUGCCAUAUUUCUGUUGAAGUAUUUGUCUGUGUAAUGUAAAGAGAACCAUUUUUUCAAGUAAAUGUGGAGUAUUAAGGAAGUGCCGGUUUUACUUCUGGCUUUGUAGACUCCCUUUGUUUAUCACACACAUUAGAACUUUAAACACAGACCAUUCUACCUUUCAAAGAGAAAAUUAACCUACAACACGUACAUUAAACCCUUCCCUAAAAGAAGGUAAUACUAUAAGUCUGCAUCCAACAAAAUAAUACGGAUACAGCAGGUGCUUUACUUAAUGUAAGGAAUGCAUUUACCAGUCAAUCAAUUUGUAUAGCUCCAAAUCACAGGUUGUUUAAAAAAAACUUAACAAAAAAAGCAGGCUAUAGUGUUUGUAACUAUUUGUAUUCACACUAUGUAUAAACUUUAAUAUGUAGGUAGUAUCUGGUACAGCCCUCCUUUAACACUACAUACAUAAGAGUGAAUACAUUAGUCUGUUGAAAUAGUAAUCUGACCUAAGGACUGCAGCAGAGGGGGACACACUUUAAAAAAUGCAACAAA